CAUUAUUCUUCUCUAUCUCUUUACCAAAUUUCAACGCGCCCCUUCCCCACAAACCUCAUCUUUCCUUCUUAAAAACUCUCCUCCAUUUCUGAUCUUUUCUCUCUAUUCUCCUUUCUUCUAAAAACUUCUUCUUCAAUUUUACAAUCUUGAUAUAUAGGAACAAGAAUAACAUAUCUGAAAAAUCAAAUGAAGAUCCAGUGUGAUGUUUGUAACAAAAAUGAAGCCUCAGUUUUUUGUGUUGCAGAUGAAGCUGCUCUUUGUGAUUCUUGUGACCAUCGUGUUCAUCAUGCCAAUAAACUUGCUGAAAAACACCAACGUUUUUCUCUUCUCCAACCUUCUCCUAAACAAGUCCCUCUUUGUGAUAUUUGUCAGGAAAGAAGGGCCUUUUUAUUUUGUCAACAAGACAGGGCAAUUCUAUGCAGGGAGUGUGAUACUUCAAUACACAAAGCUAAUGAACAUACACAGAAGCAUAAUAGAUUUCUUCUCACUGGUGUCAAGCUUUCAGCAAACUCUGCCCUUUACUCUUCAAUAGAAUCUCAAUCAACAACUUCCUCUACCAAUUCUUUGACUAAAAAUCAAGAAUCUGCUCCAAAUCUCAAGUCUCAAACUUCCACUAAAAAGCCUUUGCCUUUACCUGUUUCUGUUUCUGUUUCCUCCAAUAUUUCCCAAGAAAUGACAGUGGCAGCUAAUGACAAAGGAAUCAGUUGUUGUAAUAAUCAAUUGGUGAAUGUGGGGGCAAAUAGUUUAACAAGUAGUAGUAUAUCAGAGUACUUAGAGAUGUUACCUGGAUGGCAUGUUGAAGAAUUUCUUAAUUCCUCUAAUAUUCCUAAUGGUGUCUGUAAGAUUGGUGAUAGUGAUAUGUUCCCAAUUUGGGAUACUGAAAUUGAGAGCAAUCUAAAUUCUUUCUCCCCAGAAAGUAUAGGUAUUUGGGUCCCUCAACCCCCUGCUAUUGCAACUCCUCAGCAAAAUCAGACCCAAAUUUUUACUCCUCAAAAUUUUAACUUUGGUGGGCAAAUUGAAUUCAAGAACACACAAAUUGAAUUCAAGAACACAAAGGAAGUCACAAGUAUCAAGUCCAGCAGAAAAUGGAGAGAUGACAAUUCUUUUGCUGUUCCACAAAUCAGCCCAACUUCUACAUCUUUUAAGAGAUCAAGAACUCUUUGGUAGUGGAGUGUAAUCAUCUUUUUCAGUGAUUUCCUAGUUUGAUUUUUUUUUUUUGGUUUGUAUUUUCACCUUUCUUGAUGUAGUUUGAGUCCUCGAAAACAAAAACAAUUUAAAAAAAGGAAAGAAAAAAGAACAUUAUUACUCCUCUUUUGUGUA